GCAAAACUCAACUGACGGCACACGCUUAAAACGAGAUGAAAUUGUUCAUAUUUGUGGUUCUUUUGACGGCAACGAUUUUGCCAUUAGAUGCUGCCUACAACGGGAGCAAUGACUGUGGGUUGCGGUUCCUGGUUGGCCCCCCAGUUGGUUCCAGGAUUGUGGGGGGCCAGGAGGCUCUGUCAGGGUCCUGGCCUUGGCAGGUCAGUAUCCAGCUCUUCAACAUUCACUACUGUGGUGGUACCAUCCUGAACCCUCUGUGGGUGCUGACCGCCGCCCACUGCUUCAUCAAAUAUCUUGAGAUCAGCAGAAGACAUUUCACUGUGGUGGGAGGGCUGACAACACUGUCUCAGCCCGGUGAUCAUGCACAGGUUCGCUACAUCACAAGCAUCAGGAUUCACAUGGAAUACGAUACAAAAUCCUCAGACAAUGAUAUGACUCUACUACGCUUGGACACUCCAUGGUACUUCAAUGACUACGUACACCCCAUCUGCAUCCCCAACAACACAUCUGAAGAGGUCACACUCAACUUCACCCACUGCUUCAUCUCGGGAUGGGGCAGCACCUACUAUGGAGGGUUUCGUGUGAACAGAUUGCGGGAAGCAGAGGUGGAGCUGAUUGACCAACGGACAUGUAACCUGAUCUACUUUUACCACGGCAUGAUCACUAACAACAUGAUCUGUGCUGGUUUGGAGAGUGGUGGGGUGGACACAUGUCAGGGUGAUAGCGGCGGGCCUCUACAGUGCUACAGCGAGGAGCAGGGGAGGUUCUACCAGCUGGGAGUGACCAGUUUUGGAUAUGAGUGCGGUCUCCCAUUUAAGCCAGGGGUGUAUGCACGGACCAGCAGGUACUCAGUCUGGAUAAAGGUGACACAGGAGAGCUUAGCAAGUCCAAAGUUCAAUACAAGUCAGGUGUGGGUCAUCCUCAGUGUUGGACUAGUGCUGCUACAAAUGGGAUAA